AUGUCGAGACACGGCGAAGAACCACCUCUGAAGCGACGCAAUCUUUCUCCCAGAGCGGAUGCAGCCGAGUCUGGAAGGGAGACAGUUCAGACGGCUGGACAUAGUGGAAACGAAGACGAUCAGGAUGUAUCGGAGUCCUCAGAAACAUCCUCGUCUGAAGCUGAAGAUGACUCGCGAUUUCAUCGACGACCACAACACCAUCAUGACAGGUCAACAGCGAGAAGUGAUCUGGAUCAUGAGGACGAGGAAGAAGAAAGCACAUCGUCUUCUGGAAGCGACGACUCGGACGAAGAGGAGCAACUAGACAGAGACAGUGAAGAAGACGAGACUGACGAUCCAGCCCUCUCGACUGCCGCUGCCGCUUCUCACCUGCCGACGAUACGACCACGAUCCUCUGGAGAAACAUCAGAUUUAAAGUCUCGGCUGCAAAAUUUCCUGCCCCAACUACGUAAAGCAAAUGCCGAGCUGGAGACCUCAUCUGACAUUACGGAGAGAAGAGUCGACUACGUGGCAGACGAUGCUGAACAGUACAUCGAGAUGGACCUGGGGUUGGGCGUGCUGAGUGAACAGCGGCCGGGGGAAGAUGGCGAAGUGAGGCUGAAGCUGGCCCAUUCAAGUACGGAUGAAGAGGAUGGAGACUCCAGCAGCGAAGAAGGAGAAGAACAGCCGGGGGGAGACGCGGUCGAAGGUAUUCUGGCUCGACUGAAAGGCGAAAAGGUGCGUCGAGGGUCGAAGAGGAAGGUUGAGGAGUUGGGUUGA